UUCCCCUCUGCUACCCGCCUUGAGUGUGUGAGCUCAGAUUUCUGCCUGCCCAGCCUGCACCUCAGUCUCCCUCACAGCCUGCCUCAGUCAGCUGCAGCCAUGCAAACCUCCCGGCAAACCACCUACUCUGUGCGCUCCUCUACCAGCAGCAGGCCCUCCGCUGUGUCAGUCACCCGCGCCUCCCUGCCUGUCUACAGGGCCUCCAGCAUCCACGGAGGUGCCGGGGGGAGCCGCAUCAGCGUGUCCUCCAGCGUGCGCUCCUCUCUGGGAGCUGGGAUGGCCUCUGGAGCGGGGGGCUUCUCCAGCAGCGUCCAGGUGAGCGGGAACAGCGCAGACAUCAUGGGGAACGAGAAGUUCGCCAUGCAGAACCUGAACGACCGCCUGGCAAACUACCUGGAGACGGUGAGGAACCUGGAGCAGGCCAACCACAAGCUGGAGAUCAAGAUCAAGGAGGCCCUGGAGAAGAGCGGCCCCGACUUCAGAGACUACAGCAAAUACCAGAGCAUCAUCAACGACCUGAGGAAGAAGAUAUUCGAUGCAACCACCGAUAACGCCCGCCUUGUUCUGAACAUCGACAACGCUCGCCUGGCCGCCGAUGACUUCAGAGUGAAAUUUGAGUCUGAGCUGGCCAUCCGCCAAUCUGUGGAGGCCGACAUUGUUGGACUGAGGAAGCUCAUCGAUGACACCAACCUGAGCCGCAUGAACCUGGAGAGCGAGAUCGAAGCCCUGAAGGAGGAGCUCAUCCACCUCAAGAAGAACCACGAAAAUGAAGUUAUGGAGCUCCGUAACCAAAUCUCAAAGUCAGGAGUCCACGUUGACGUUGACGCUCCUAAGGGUCAAGAUCUGGCACAAAUGAUGGCAGAAAUCAGAGCCAAGUAUGAAAAGAUGGCACAGAAAAACCAGGAAGAGCUGAAAGCGUGGCACGAAUCUCAGAUUAUCGAAGUCCAGACUCAGGUGUCGCUGAGCACAGAAGCCCUGAAGGGUGCGCAGACGGAGAUGAACGACCUGCGCAGACAGAUUCAAACCCUGGAGAUCGAGCUGGAGUCACAGAGGAACCUGAAAGGCUCGCUGGAGGGCACGCUAAGGGAAACAGAGAUACGUUAUAGCAUGGAGGUUGAGUCGCUUAACGCCAUCAUUCUGGGCCUGGAGGCGGAGCUUACACAGCUGCGGAACAAGAUCCAGCUGCAGACGCAGGACUACGAGGCUCUGCUCAACACCAAGAUGAAGCUGGAGGCAGAAAUCGCCACCUACAGACGGCUCCUUGACGGAGAAGACUUCAAGCUCCAGGAUGCUCUGGAGGAGCAGAAAACCGUGAAAACCAAAGUGAUGACUGUCACACAAACCCUGGUGGACGGCAAGGUGGUCUCCUCCAGCACAGAGACCAAGAACCUUUAAGACCAGCAGAGAAACCUUCUCUUCACAUCAUUUAAUGUUUAGGCUCACAGACUAGUCAAUAGCCCCCCAGACAGAGUAUGUGACCAUUUUCAGAUCCCAGCUGAUGCACAAAACAAAUGAACACAACAGGGCAAAAUCAGAACCAUUUUUAUUUAUUUCAUCUCGGUUUAUUUAUGUGUGCAGCCGUUUACAAACGUUCAGAAGAGGCGACUGCGACUAUCCGGAGAAACUUCCAGAAUAACUAAAUCUAAACAAACUCAUUUUUUUUACAUUGUCAUCAUCUUUGGUUUUCUUCUGUUCAGUCUGACUGCUGUUCUGAGGUGAUGGAAAUUUUCAAUAAAAACCUUUGGACAUA